AUGGCCAAGGAAGAACUUGGGUUGAAGAUAGGCUUCUAUGCCUAUCCGUGCGCCCUAUUCGUCACGCUUCUGGGUGUUCAAUCCGCCCAGUUCUACCUCGCUCGUCAUGGCGAUCCGAAAACGCGUCAGAACGCGUUGGACAAUGAUCUCAAGACAAAGAUUGAGAAACUCCAACGGUUCUACGCAAGCGCUUACUUGGCAUCAUUUGUUGGCGUUUUACUUUAUUUCCUUGCCGGUCUCCUCCCCGAUCCCGAAGGUCCAUGGAAUCCGAAUAGCUCUCAUCUCGCAGCAUGGUGUGUUGCUGCGCUUGCAGAAAUCGUCAUCGCAGCAGUCUUGUCUGUGGUUGAGCCCCAACUUCGUGUCUCGCCCAAUUUUGUCGAUACCAUCAACAUUCUCGGCUCGGCGAGAGUCUUUGUUCUUGCUCUCAUGAUCGGCUCGUUUACUUUGAGAGAGUAUAAGAUGAAAUCCCUCGAACCAAAAUCCUUGCCCGAAGAACGCCAGGGUUUGUUGGAGAAUGGCAAUGGCAACGGUUAUGGAAGCGUUCCACCCUCCGCAGCUGAACCAAGACGUACACAGGUUUCGGGAACAGGCUGGCUCGAUUAUUUCGCUGGUUUCAAAGUCCUAUUUCCUUACCUCUGGCCCAAGGAUUCACCUCUCUACCAAGCCAUCGUCCUUGUCUGCAUCCUCCUCCUGAUCGGCCAACGUACCGUCAACGUUCUCGGUCCGCUCCAACUCGGUGUACUUGUCGACAACCUUGGCGAAGGAAAACUGCCUUACAAGGAGAUCAUCCUUUACGUCGUCUACCGGGCCCUUCAAGGCAACCAAGGUGCUCUCGGAGCAGCGCGUUCCGUCCUCUGGAUCCCAGUAUCACAAUCUCUGUUCCGACGACUAUCUUCUGCUGCAUUUGAGCACGUUCUCGGUCUAUCCCUAGAAUUCCAUCUCAACAAAAAGGUUGGCGAGGUCACCAGUGCGCUAAGCAGAGGCGCUUCUAUAAACACCUUCCUCGAGAGUUUCUGUUUCCAGGUUUUCCCCAUGGUUUUCGACAUCUUUGUUGCCGGCGUGGUGUUCUUUUACAAGUAUGAUCCUUUUUAUCUCAUUAUAGUGUUCUUCAUCAUGUGGUCCUAUAUCUUCCUUACUAUAUACGUGGCCAAGUACCGUGGUAAGCAGAGGAGAGACAUGGCCGUCAAGACACGAGAGAUGGAGGCUGUCAAGACGGAUGCCAUUGUGGCGUAUGAGACGGUCCAGCACAAUUGUGCUGUCGUUCGUGAGACUGGGAGGUUCAGAGAACAUGUCACUAUCUUCCAACGCGCUGAGCGACUUGUGCAGUGGUCUCUGGCGGCUCUCAACCUUACCCAGAGCUCCAUCUUUUCUCUGGGCACAGCCCUCCUCGUUGCUGUCUCGGCAUACAAGAUUUCUAUCGGAGAACAGACUGUUGGAGAGUUCAACAACCUCAUUGAAGCAGAGCGACUUCUCGACCUGUUCAAAGAAACUGCUGGCGUAGUCGAAAAGCCAGAUGCCAUCGUUCUUCCUCCCAUCAGGGGCGAAGUUGCCUUCAACGACGUCAAAUUCGCUUACCAGACUAAAAAGGGCGGUCUUGUCCUCGACGGCAUUAACUUUACCGUUGCACCCGGCACAAAGACAGCCAUCGUCGGCGAGUCUGGCAGUGGAAAGUCCACCUCGCUCAAGCUUCUCUUCCGCUUCUACGACGUGACAGACGGUUCUAUUACCAUUGAUGGCCAUGAUCUGAGGGAUGUCAAGCUCGACAGCGUACGCAGAAACAUCGGUGUCGUGCCGCAGGAUACCGUGCUGUUCAACGCGACCAUCAUGUACAAUCUGCUGUAUGCGAGACCUGAUGCAACAGAGGAAGAUGUGUUUGAGGCAUGCAAGGCUGCGAACAUCCAUGAGAGGAUCUUGAACUUCCCUGAUGGGUACGAGACCAAGGUUGGAGAGCGAGGUCUAAAGUUGUCUGGAGGUGAACGACAGCGAAUUCAGGAUGCUCUUGAGCGCGUAACAGCCGGACGUACAACCAUCACCAUCGCACAUCGAUUAUCCACAAUCACAACUUCAGAUCAAAUCAUCGUCCUUCACAAGGGCGAGAUUGUAGAACGCGGCACACACAACGAGCUCUUGGCCUCUAAGGGAAGAUAUCAUGCCAUGUGGGAGAAGCAGACGACGAUUGAGAAGAAGGAAAAGGAGAAGAAGGAACUUGAGGGGGAGGCAUCUGAGACUGCAUCUCAAGAAUGA